AUGGAAUAAGAAAUAAUAGACUGGGCUAAUACUUUUGAAAACACUAAGAGUAUUGAUGAUUUAAAAACAGGUAUCUUUUGAUAAAAACCCAAGGUGUUGCAUUAUGUUAGAUAAUAUCGAAAGAAUUAUUUUAAGACAAAAGAUAAUGUGAAUUAAAAAUAAGAGUAAUAAAUUGCACAAAAUAAGACUAUUAAAGUUGUAUAAGGAAUUUAACAUUUGCAUUGUCUUUAUUAGAGGAAAGCCAAUAGAUAUCAGUGAAGCAUUUAACUGGAUAAAUGCUAUACCAAAAUCCAUUAAAGAUUUUUUAGAUUCUCUAAUAAUUUUAUAGAUCAAAAUCCGUAUCAUCAGCUUCAUCAAAACCUCCUAAAGCACCUCAAAAAUAAGAUGAGCCACUAUUUUAUGUUGAUGAAAACUUAGUCUAACCUAAUUAAUCAAUCUAGAUGACAUAUAAUGAAGAAUUAAUUGCAAAUAAAUAUAAAAUGAUUAAACCAAAUAGCCCUUAUUAAGAGGCUAAUAACAAUCAAUAAAGAUCGCAAACACAUUAAACUGAAUAUGCUGAAAACUCAAAUCGAUCAAAACCAUAAAAUUAAUCUAAUGAUUCAAUUAGUAAUCUGACACCAAUUAAAUCUAACAAAGAUUCUUACAAUUAGAAAUUAAAGUACUAACUAUAAGUUUUAGAGAAUCAAAUUGCAAAAGAAUAAUAAAAUAUUUAACAAAAAAAUAAUAGAGAAAAUAAAUCAAAGCAUAGUUAAGAAGGCUAAAGUUAACAUGAGGAGUUAAAUUCCGACUAAAAUUUUAAUUAAUAACAAUAGUAAUAAAAUUCUAUCACUAACGAAUAAAAAUAAUAAUUGAUUGAUUGGCUUAAAUAAAUUCGAUUAAUUAAAUCAAAUGCAUAAGGGUUGGAAAAUAAACUGCCCAAAAUUUGUAAAAAUGGAGUUAUUUUUUUUGAUUUAAUUAAUAGACUUACUGGUAGAGAUGAAGUUUUAAAAGGAGCUUUAAGAAACCCAAAAAGCCUAAGAGAGAUCAAACAUAAUUAUAGAAGAGUACUUGACUAUCUGAAGUAACUUGAAAGAAUGAGUUACAAAUAUUUAAGUUCAGAAUAAUAGUUGGCUGACGGAGAUGAAGAAGCAUUUUGGGGUUUGAUGCAUGACAUUAAAGUUUAUUAUACAAAUUGUGGAAAUGUUGCAAUUACUAAUUGUUCUUAGUCAGUUGAUGCAUCUUUAAGAUAAACUCAAAAAUAAUAAUAGGUUUAACAAAAUACACAGUUAUUUUAAUAGAAUUCAUAAUCUAAAUUACAAUAACAAAUAACGUUUUCUUAAAAAAAGUAGUUGCAUAAACAAUCCUUCGCAGAUACAUAAUUAGAAAUAACAAUUGAUCAGCCAUAAUAAUCAAAAUCUGUAAAACCAAACACUGCAAAUAGAUCACCUGUGGGACCCUAUUCAAGAAUUCAUAAUAUGAAAUAAGAAUAUGACAGUGUUAACAGAUCUUUGAAUUCUCUAAUGAAAAAAUCAUAAAUUGGUUCUUAGAACGGCACUCCUGUCAAUCAAUCUUUACAACAUUCAAGAAAUUUCAGUAGCUCAAAAUAAUAAUAAAAAGCUAGAUCCACAUCAAUAAGCAAAAAUUGUGUAACUCGAGAAAUGGAAUUGUAUGUUCAAACAUAUUUUAAAUAGAAAGGAUUGUACAAUAAUGAUAAGUAAAUAAAAUUAAUAUUUAGUUUGUUUACAGAUCCAAUUCGGAAUGGAAAUUAUAUUAUACAAUUAAUAGAAUAGCCAGUCGCAAAAAAUAACUUUAAGUCAAUUUUGGAAGUUGAAUUUAAUGUUGAUUCAGCAUUACAAGCUACAAAAGCGAUAGUGGAUGCUGGAAAUUUACCUGCUUGGAUUGGAAAAAUCAAUAAAUCAAGCAUUAUGUAACUAGAUAAAUCCGCUAUGGGUUUAUAUUGGUGGUUAUUAAAAUAAUAAACUAAAAAGAUUGAGCCAAACAUUAAUUAAUUUACACUUCCCUACAGAUCAGAAGAGAUUGAUUAAUUGAAAAUUGUAACUCUGCAUUUUGCUAGAGAGUAUACAUCUACAAUACAGAAUUUUAAUGACCUAAUCUAUUAAUGCUAAACUGGAAUCCUACUAUGUCACAUUGAAACUGAAAUAUUUUAAUAGAAAAUCACUCCCAUAUACACAAAACCGAUUGGAGAAAAAUAAUGCAUUGCUAAUAUUAGAAAGGCUUUGGAUUAUUUGAAAGGAAAAUAAAUUGGAUAAAGAUUCAUUUGGUCUGAAAAAUUAAUUUACGAAGGAGAUUAACUAAUAAUACUUGGGUUAUUUGAAGAUUUAAGGAGGUACUUUGAUGGGUUGCCUCAAAGGUAAGGAGACUCAUAUUUUGAAGAUGGCCCUUACUUAAAAAAAUCAAUUGUUUAAUGUAAGGGAAAUUAAAAAGUUGAGCAUCUUAUUUAAUAAGAACCUUAUUCUCUCAUAUAAAAGGAAAGCAGCUUUGUUUAACCAUAAUAAGUUAACAAAAAGUUGAUUUUCGAUGAUCCUCCUUAAUUUGAAUGGCUCAAUAACUUUGGGUUCAAGAUAAAUUGGAAUAAUGAAGUUUUGGAAGAAUUCAAAGAUGGGUAAUAAUUAUAAAUAAAGCAAUAGUAUUAUUAUUUGCACUAUAGUAUAAAAGCUUGAAAAUAUCUAAUUUAAAGGAAUAUAAUAAAAACCGAAUACUAAUGCAGGUUGCUUAGUAAAUAUAAGGAAGGCUUUCAGUGUUUUGAAAGAAAAAUUAGAUAUGCCUUUAGAAUUAGUUAUAGAAUAAGAAAAGCUACUGAAAGGAGAUAAGGAAUACAUAAUAAAACUACUCACUGUUUUUAAAAAUAUUUACAAAAAUAAAUUAAAAAGUAAAUGA